AUUGAAUAUUGAACGAUUAUUUUACCCUCAAUCUAAAAUUAAUUCUACACUUUAAAAAAGUAGGAAUCUGCCAAUUUGAUCCUCAAAAUUAAUCGCCACCAAAGCCCAAUCUAGAGCGGCGUUACCACCAUCACCGCCACAACAUCAAACAGCGCCCGCACCGCCCUGUUGGCCUAUCUGUAAUAUGGCUGCGCCGUACGAAGAAUCCCAACUCACGUUUUCAGCACUAUAAACUGAAUUUCAGGUACUAACUGCGGGGGCAAGCAUACGUUGAAGUUACAAUGAUGAUAGGACGGAGAAGUAUAUCCACAUUUUCUUGUUUAUGCCACAGAAUUAAGCAGACAGAAAGUGAAAUUGUUAGAAUGUUUGAAAUCUCAAGGCCUAAGGCCGGAACAGAAGGCUUCCAAGACAAGCGACCACCCUUAAGAAGGGGCUCUGUGAGGAUAUUGGAUGAGAGGUUCAUCAGGAUUUUGAAGAUAUUUAAGUGGGGUCCUGAUGCCGAAAAGGCCUUGGAGGUACUAAAGCUGAAAGUAGACAAUGAAUUGGUUCGAGAGAUUCUUAAAAUAGACAUUGAGGUAAGUGUGAAAGUUCAGUUUUUCAAGUGGGCUGGUAAAAGGAGGAACUUUGAACAUGACUCUACUACCUACCUAACUUUGAUUCGAUGUCUUGAAGAAGCUGGGCUGACUGGUGAAAUGUGGAAGAUGGUGCAAGAAAUGGCACGGAGUACAUGUGUCAUUACUCCUGCACAUCUCUCCGAGACUAUAAGAAUUUUGGGCAGGGCAAAAAUGGUGAACAAAGCCCUAUCAAUAUUUUACCAGAUUAAAAGCCGCAAGUGCAAGCCAACUACAACCACUUACAAUUCCAUUAUUCUGAUGCUGAUGCAAGAGGGUCAGCAUGAAAAAGUACAUGAGCUUUACGGUGAAAUGUGUAAUGAGGGCAAUUGUUUCCCUGAUACAGUUACCUACAGUGCUCUUAUAUCAUCUUAUGCAAAGCUAGGCCGUGACGAUUCUGCUAUUAGGUUGUUUGAUGAAAUGAAGGUCAACGGUUUACAUCCCACUGCAAAGAUAUAUACAACCUUGUUAGCAGUUUACUUCAAAUUGGGUAGGGUCGAAAUGGCUUUAGCAUUAUUCAGUGAGAUGAAGAAUGAUUGUAUCCCAACUGUGUACACUUACACUGAAUUGAUAAGAGGGCUUGGUAAAGCUGGUAGAAUCGAGGAGGCGUAUUCUGUAUUUCUGUCCAUGCUAAAAGAGGGAUGUAAGCCGGAUGUUGUGUUGAUAAACAAUGUGAUAAACCUUCUAGGAAGGGGAGGACGUAUAGGUGAUGCUUUUAAAUUGUUUAAUGGAAUGGAAUCAUUAAACUGUAAACCAAAUGUUGUGACAUAUAAUACCAUUAUCAAAUCCCUGUUUGAGUCGAAAGCUCCAGUAUCCGAGGCUUCAUCUUGGUUUGACAGAAUGAAGGCAAAUGGUGUCACUCCAAGCUCUUUUACUUAUUCAAUACUUAUUGAUGGGUAUUGCAAGAAAAAUAGAGUUGAAAAAGCUUUAGGCUUGCUUGAGGAGAUGGAUGAGAAGUGCUUUCCUCCUUGUCCAGCUGCCUAUUGCAGCUUGAUCAAUAGCCUUGGAAAAGCAAAACGCUAUGAAGCUGCAAAUGAGUUGUUUCAAGAACUAAAAGAGAGUUGUGGAUCUAGCAGCUCUCGGGUAUAUGCUGUAAUGAUAAAGCACUUCGGAAAAUGCGGCCGUAUGGCUGAGGCUGUCAAUCUUUUCAAUGAGAUGCAAAAGCUGGGAUGUUCCCCUGAUGUAUAUGCAUACAAUGCACUCAUGUCCGGACUGGUGAGGGCAGGUAUGCUAGAUGAGGCUUUUUCCAUGCUUCAUAGUAUGGAAGAAAAUGCUUGUGCUCCCGACUUGAACUCAUUUAACAUAAUAUUAAAUGGUUUGGCCAAGACUGGUGAAGCACAGCGAGCGAUUGGGAUGUUUACAAAGAUGAAAAAUUCAACAAUUAAACCCGAUGCUGUCUCUUACAAUACCAUUCUUGGUUGCCUAAGUCGUGCUGGUAUGUUUGAGGAAGCUGCACGGCUGAUGAAAGAGAUGCAUGCCUAUGGUUUUGAAUAUGAUCUUAUUACAUACUCAUCAAUACUUGAAGCAGUUGGUCAUAUGGAUGAGGAUGGUUCAUGUCAUACUUCAUGAGAAAGCUUUGGGUUUUACGGUGCUCUAUUAAAAUUGAGUGGCAAAUAGUUGUGGCAUUUUGGUUACUCUUCCUGCUGGUGUUGGCUUCUGCAGAUAUGUGAUUGGAUUUUCACUUUGGGCUAGGGGUAUGAAGUGGUAUUUUCAGUACACAUAUUAGUAUGUGCACAAAAUCUUCAUCCUAUUUUCUCAGUGGAAUUAGGCGUGGCAGCACGCUGUAACAAAGGACAACGCUUGUUUAGUAUCUUUACUUUUUUGGUGUAAACAAUUAUGUAUAGAAGAUGUAGAUCAAAUCAUAGAUCUAAUAGGGCAGCCCGGUGCACUAAAGCUACCGCUAUGCGCGGUGUCCAAUUACUUAGCAUGGUUAUUACUAAGUAAUGUAACCAUGUGUUUUUAUCAUAUGUUGUACCUACUUUCUUAAAUCAAUACUAAAAGAGAUGAUCAAUCCGUGCUUUUAUCAGAAAAAGAGCUCAAGUGAGACUAGAGUUCAGAUUUUGUCCCGUCUGUGCAGUGUGGUAUUAACAGUUUUAAGAAAUCAUUUUUCCAGCAAGUUAAUUAGCGUGGUACAAAUGAUAAUUCCUGUUUUGCGUCUUUGAUGCAGUGCUAAUGAAAAACAUGUAUGACAGAAGAUAUACUAGAAGAUGGACAACAAUACAAAAGGAAUUACUAGACAAGGACAUGAAUGUGCUUUUCUUAGCAUUCUACUUUGCUUUAGUGCCAACUGGGAAGUAAUCUGCUGUCCCCCUUUAGUAAAGGGAACAUUUAGACUUAGCUCGGUGCAUGAUCUUUACUAGUAUUCACUUGUUAAGUUUUAUCUGUUUGGUUGUGGUAUUCCCAAAUGAUGGAAAGAAAAUCCAUAUGCAAAUUUGUCUGAGAAGGUUCCACUAAGCCACGCCAGUUUGGACCAUUGUGACUACCAAUUGAUCAGUACAUGUGCCUGCAGACUAACUUCAAAUCUUGCUGGCAUCAUCUCCGAUGUUUGGUUGGUGCAGCCUUGUAGAUUGAAUUGAGAAGGGUAAAGGAAAUUGCCAUCCCUUUCCUUGGUUUAUUAUCACGUCAAUUUACUUACAAAAUCUUGUUUUAGUUCAUCUUCAUGUUUAGGGAGUUCAUUGAUGUUCAUUCGAAAAAUUUAUCUUUAAGAGCAUGUCAGAGAACUCUGCUUUACAUUAUGCCGCAGUGUUUCUGAUGGAACAUUUUGAAUUGCUCUGUGUAUGUUUGUCUUAAGGGACUAGCAAGUGUAUCUUUGGUUAAAAAAGUGAGGGUUAUACUCCAGUUACAUUUACUCCUGUCAUUGACUAAAUUUUCUUGCUAACAAAAUCUUGAACUGUCUUUCCCAUAACUGUAUGUUUCAUUCAGCAGUAUAAUUUAUACCUCGUGCUCCUUGCUUUAUCAAGGGCUCCACCAGUUCAUAUCUUGAUAAAUCAUGACAAUCAGCUGUGGGUUGCAAGUACUGGUAGUCACAUUCCUUGACUGCAAGUAAUUUCUAAGAAAGCAGCUAAGAACUUUUUCUUCUGAACAAUCCAGACUGAAAUUUAUGGAGCCAACACAUUGAAACGCGAGGGCUAAGGGGAUGGAGAUGGGUUUCUGGGUUUCCAGAAACAGUUCGCGGAGGGCCUUUGGAGUGACAAUCUCACCCACAACUAUCUGGAUCUUAACACUUGAUUACAUAGUGCUCCUUUUGUGACCAUUUAUCUUGUGUUCUUCCCAGUUCUCUUGUUAAUUGACCUUUAAUAUUUAUGCUUUUAACUUUGAUGUGCAAGUAUCCAUGUUAGGGGGAGAGGAAAAGGAGACGUGGAUAACAAGACUUGCUGAUCAGUAUUUCUACAACAAUUUAGCAACUUUUUGAUGCUUCAUGCAGUAUACAAUUGGCUGCUACAUCUUAAGAAGGAACAGAUGAAAUUUGUUUGAUGAUGCAUGAAGAGAUGUCACUCAAUUGAAAGAGAUUGUAAUUCUCCUUUGCUAGUAGUGUCAACCCUCCUUUCUUCUCAGUGAACCCUUCAUCACACGUUGAUGCCGCGUCCAUAACUGUCCUCAUUAGUACAGUAGCUAUAUCAAAAUGCUCAGACAAGUACGCGGUAAAAGCAUCCACCAGCAUGGCAAUAGCAUCUGCAUAAAGUUCCAAGCAAUCUUUUAAGCAAUCAAUAGCAAAAGGAUCAAACUCUUUGCUACUGAGCAUGUUCUCUAUGGUCGAUAUCGUGUUAGUAGCAUUUGCUAGAGCCAGCUCCAUUGCUACAAUUCCUACUCCUUGUAAGUUGGUAACAUGAGUUACAGGAAUUGCUUUGGAGUGAAGUGACACAGAAGUAGCAGUUUAUGUCUGUCGACUUAUCGGAGCAUUCUUUGCAGGUCGAGUUGAUCAAGUGUAACAAUGGUGGGGAAAUCAGGUAACAAUGUGUAGGAAUUAUUGUUGAUAGUAAGAGUAAGCAGCAAAGUGACAGGGAAGAGAAAGAGCAAUGCCACAUUAUUAUUAGUUUAAUAUGUUUUGAUGAUUUUCGUGAGUUAUCGUGAAGUGAUAUUUCAUAUUUAUAUACAUUGAAAAGAAUUACAAAGCUGAGAGUUGAUAUCAAGAGGAAAUUUCUUUGAAA